AGGAGGAGGAGGAGGAUGACGGCUUGGAAGAUCGGGCGGGAAUGGAUAUACCCACAGUGACAGAUUCCCGGGCGUCGUCGGAAGGUCUCGGUCUGGGUGAAUCUCUCGGUGCUAUGAGCAUCUCGCCGGUGCGGCCGACCAUACCUGGCCCGUAAACAGAUCUUACUCUCGCUUUCGUAUGCUCUCGCGUUGUCAUUGUACCUUUUAAAAUCUGGAAUGGGGAGCUCUCAGGCUGUUGUUGCGACACAAAAACGGCGACGUUUCACUGUUCCUGGUACAGCCACAUUGGUGCCCUCGGAAGUUUGCCACUCGGGCUUGCCCUAUUUGGAUUCUUGGUGCUCAGUUCCAAGAAGGAUCGGGCCGUACCCCAACCACUUGCUCAUCAUCUGCUUCAUGGUACUUACUUCCGUUUGCUCGUGCACCGUAGAAACGUACUGAGUUAACUCGAGGACUAUCAACUUCCAGUGGACGAUGUCGAAGCCGCUAGGCUGGCCAUGCAGCACGAGAUGUGGACAAGACUAGUCGGCGGGCUCUAUCCUCCCUCCCAGAAAGAGACAAUCGAUGUCUUGAUGACUCGACCGACGCCCGUCAUUGUUGAUUUGGGAUGCGGCUCUGGUCAUUGGGCUAUUUCCAUGGCCAAAUUGUAUCCUCAGGCGCGCGUUAUCGGCGUCGACAUUUCCAAGCACGCGUUCCGAAAUGCCCCGCCGAACUUUGAAUUCAUGCAGCUAGAUAUCUCAAAGGAAAUACCGAUUUGUCCUAGUGGCUAUAGUCUGGUCCAUGCACAGUCAAUUUUGGCGCAUGUGAGCGGCGCGCGCAUCGUAUUCUAGUACUAAUCGACUCCCAUAAAAAUUUACAGUGGAAAGACCCCAAAUCAGUCGUCGAACGUGCCCAGAAGCUUCUUGUCCCCGGUGGUGUUAUGAUUGCCAGCGACCUCGGGGAGACGGUGUUCGAUGAACAUAAAACUAAGAUGGAUCCGCUCUUUCCCGCUACCGACAGCGCACUCGAUACACUCAGCUCGCAAGGGUCUUGGCUAGCCGGGUGGAUGUGUGCUUUUCGAAAAAACAUCGGCACCGACUACAUCCCUGCCGACUUAUUUCUCGUCGAUCCUUGUCUGUUCUACGAAGUUUACUUCUGUCCUAACGGCUGGAAUGGCAGCGGCGACUCGGAAUACGGAGCGGAAUUGGGUGAUGUGGCACUCAGGAACUCUCUGGAGUUUGUAUCAGCUUGUACUCCGUCCAUGGUAUCCAGGGGAGGAUACGACAACGAACAAACACAACGAUGGGCGCGCGAAGUCGUGAACGAGAUUAAAACGAGGAGAAUUUAUGUCUGUUGGGAGCUUGCCGUCUCAAUCAAAUCACUUGGAAGUUAGUUUCUAUGGACGCAGUAUCAAAUGUGGAUAAACAGACGGAACCGAGACGCAUCUUCCUAGAAUGUAAACUUCAACAUGCCGGCUUUGCCGAUUGAUUUGAUCGAUCAUUGGAUCGAGAUCGCUGAUGCGAUGAGUCGAUCACUUCCUUUGUUCUUGGCCAGAUUGCGAGGCCUACAAUCCACUCGACCCUCAAUCGGCGCCUUUCCGUUGCACAGAACAUCAGAAGGGAAUUAGCUCAUGGGAAAGAGCCAAGAAAAUGCUGCUGCCAGCUCCAGCUUGCACGUUCAAG